AUGGCCACCCAAAUCCCCACCUUUCACCUCCCCACCGGCGCGCCCAUCCCCGCCAUCGGCUUCGGCACCGGCACUGCCUGGUACAAGUCCGAGUCCGAGCCGCUCAACCGCGUGCUGAUCGACUCCAUCAAGUCCGCGCUCGCACUCGGGUACCGCCAUCUCGACUGCGCGGAGAUAUAUGGCACCGAGCCCGAGGUGGGCGUUGCGAUCAAGGAGAGCGGGGUCCCGAGGGAGGAGCUGUUUAUUGUUGCGAAGUCUUUCAAAACCCUCGACGACCCCGAAAAGGGCCUCAACGAGACCCUCCGCAAGCUCCAGACCGACUACGUCGACCUGUACCUCAUCCACGCGCCCUUCCUCCCCCCACCCACCCGCUCACCAUCCCACAAAUCUGGUCCCGCUUCGAGUCCCUCCAAAAAUCCGGCAAGACCCGCUCCAUCGGCGUCUCCAACUUCACCGUCCCGCAGCUCACUCGAGUUCAACCCCUACUGCCUCGACCUCCCCCUCCUGCGCUUCUGCCAAUCGCACAACAUCCAGCUCGCCGCCUACUCACCCCUUGGCCCACUUACCAAGUUCCCCGGUGGCCCCUUGGAUGCGGUGCUGAAGCGCAUCGCGGGGGAGAAGGGCCGCACGGAGUCGCAGGUGCUGAUUAGGUGGGGCGUGGAGAUGGGCGUGGUCAUCGUCACGACGAGUAGUAAGAAGGAGCGGCAGGAGGAGUUUGCCGGCGUGGGGUUUGAGUUGGGGGAGGAGGUGGUGAGGGAGAUUAUGGAGGUGGGCGGCAAGGUGCAUCAUAGGAUUUACUGGACGGAGGAUUAUGAGAAUUAG